AUGGGAAAUUUGGGACCGAUAAAGUCAAGAAAUUUAAAGAUCUACUUUUUUGGUUUUACCCAAGAAAAUUACACACCUGUGUGGGAAAAAUCGUCUUCAGGCGCAAGCAGUGAAGUAGAUGUUGAGGCAGAGAGUAAAGACGAGGAGGAAAAGAACCUUAAAGACCGACGACGUUGGAGAAAUUAUACAAAUGUCAUAUUAGUUGAUGAAAUGGGUCUUAGUAAAAUAGUUUAG